UUCUGAUCCAAACAACCCUUUGGAGAUCGCAAAUUUUGAGGAGUCAACGAAAGCCAGCUGAAACAGCUACACCUCAUGACCACCACCUAUCCUCGUAACCAGUAGUGCUAUAUUUUUUGCUGACCAUCCUUUGCGACAUUCUGUAAGCCAUGGAUUCGGACUCAGACUCAGGCUUGGACUUUGAGGGAACUAGUGCGCUUCCCCGCGUGAACCGAUUCAAGCACCAAUCUUACAAGAAAAGCCUAAAGGAGGUCCAUCUACCAUCUGCUCUUGACCUCACGAAGUUCGAUCAUGACAUCUCGGACAACGAAUCCCACUUUUACCUAGCUCUUCAACAAUGGCGUCAACUCAAUCUUUCCCCAGCGUUUAUUCAGUUUGCGAACAAGGUUGACUCACUCUCGAUAUCUAUGCCCAUACUCUUGCAUAACUGGAAGGAGAUUAUUACCUUAUGGAAUGGUGCUUUGGAUGCAUCAGACAAUGAAGCUUUGAUAGCUCUACUUGAGUGCGCCCCU